AUGGAACCCGAUGCAGAGCUCUACCGCGAAUUUCUGCAGCCGCUCCUAGACAAAGAGGGCACAUCGCUCAUACCAAAGUCUGGCAUUAUAUGGAAGGAACUCAACUCUGUUCUCAGCCCGCAAUAUCUCCCACACCAAAAGCCACUCAAGAGAGACGAUGCUGGAUCCAAUGCGCCCAACGAUACACUUCUUGUUAAUGUAAAUUUCACAUAUCACCCAAGAAAGAAAUUCCAGGCAUUUGAUUCGAUAGCGACGCUCCUACUACACCAAUUCAUGGACUCUAUCAAGACGUCGAGUCUCUUUCACAAAUAUGGACAAGUCCGGAUGCUCGUUUGGGUGCGCCGCGAGGACAAGACCAACCUGCUGCCGCGCUUAAUGCAGAAACGCAAGCGCACAGCAUCGGAUGCCGAGCUUCUCUGUCAUAGCAUCAAUGAGGUCGUUGGCUGGAAUAGUCCUGAUCAUUUCGCUUUCACUCGGGACACUCUUAUAGAUCGCGCGAGCGCAGUCGCUACACUACAGAGGAUGCAAGACGCCGGUCUUAAGGUACCAAGAGGCAGAGAAACGGAUACAUAUUUGCAAGCACAAAAGGAUUUGAAGAAUCUUGACAAACUUCCGGUUCCGGGCACAGUCCCACCCGUCUGGGACAGAGCGUACAUGAAAGAUCUAGAGGAACUCAAGGCAUUGAAUCCUCGGAGUGGUACCAGGGACUUUGACUCCCUCAAGUCAAAGAUGUGGCGCAACAACAGCACCCUCAAGAAGGCUGAGCAGUAUCAUGAUCUGCUCCAACGCGGAAAGGAGCUGAGCGCCGCCAAGACCAGGGGGGAUAUGAGUGAAGAGGAAAUUCGAGCCCAAGAGCAGGUGCUUAGCACAGAAUAUGAGAGGUUACCAAUAACCAGCAAGUCCGAGUUCACGACUCACAGGGACAAUCUGCACCUCUGGCAACAGGCUGAACCCGUGCUUCUCUGGGACCGCCGUUCUUAUGAACCUCUCCUCGGAGCCGUAGAUGAGAUAUUCCCGAAUAUUGAAGCAUCUUUACUCGAUAUCUCACCCCGACCGGUACACCACCGCAUUCGCGACAUUGGUUUCGGCUCCAAUCGGACUGGGGAGAGCUUUGAGCUUAUGGAAAAGGCACUCUGGGCUGAACCAAGAGCUGAUUUGAAAAGGGCUCUUGAUACGGUCUGGCCUGGUGCAAGUGAUUGGAUCGUGCCGCGAUGCCCCAGUCUCACUGAUCCAAAGCAAGGCGGUGUCAACGUUGAUGCGAAGGGCUUGGAGUUGGCGGUUAGAUCACUCAGUGCAAAACAGUGGGAAGAGGUCUUGGAACAGUGGUGCCAGUGGCCACUGCGACCAGAUUUUGUAGAUUUGGUUGCUCGAUCUCUAGAUUAUACUGAAGACGACGAUGCGAUGCACACGAGGUGA